AUGAGCGCAUUUGUGCGUGUAUCUGGUCGCCCCAACACAAACUUCCUCGUCGGGUAUCCAGGAAUCUCUGCUACACUGCCCCGUAUUGAGGGGACCGUCGAGGUACGCUCCGGUGUUGGCAUAUCAAGUCCCGUCAACAUCUCCAUAGUCACUAUCGCUCUCCAGCGACGCGAAAGCAUCCAUCCUCAUGCCGACUCGGUAGCCAAGAAACAUCUGGCGGCGCCCAGGAAGGAGUCCACAGAGACCGUGGGGAAAGAGAUGCUACUAUUCCGGUGUCCAGCCAACAGAGAAUAUGAAGAGAUCAUGUACAUGGACCUACCGUUUGUGAUAUUCAUACCCUUUGGUCGAGGAGGUCAAGAAACCGCCCGAAGAGUACCGCCCGCCAGUCUCCAACUACCGCGGAGGACGGCUGAAACGUUCUAUGAAAUGGUGGUGACCGUUGGGUACGGGUCUGGAGAUCGCAAACAGUAUGCUUUUCCAGUUCCGAUUGCGCGAUACGAUACACUUUCGACCUUUGGUAUGUACAAUCGUCCCGAAUCCGCAGAGCGAGUCUCCGACCACCUAGUCACGCUAGGCAUAUCUCUGCCGCGAUGGUCGUAUGGACCUCUUGAUCCGGUCAGCGUUUAUAUCAAGUUAUCACCGAACCCGGACUGGCCCAGUAAGGCACGAAAAGUCACAAUCCGCAAGAUCGAAAUCGGGAUUGAUGAGGAAGUUAUCUACAACCACGAAGGCGAUGAGCCGCAGAGGAAAACUAAGAAUAUGGUCAAGAAAACGGAGAAUGUCGGUGUGAAGAUGCCAGAAGCAGGUUACUUUACGAACCUGGGAUUGGUGUUUCCGUCAAUUGAUCUUCGUGAUUCCGAUGGUAUCUUGCCUCGCGGCAAGUCGGGGUUUCCGACAUAUGCGGUGACUGGGUUCACGACAACGGCAGGUUUGUACAAAGUCGAGUACUACCUGACCGUCAAGGCAUCGAUGAACGGCGCCAAAGAUAUUAUUCUUCGUCAGCCCAUUGUCGCCUCGCCGUGGGAUCACCAUUCAUGUAAGGCCGAGAUGGAAGCUAUUGAACAAGCCGCUAGGGAUGCUUCGCAUGUCAACGCUGACAAUCCGAUGCUGCCACUUGCCACGAUUGUACGUGCUUCGGAUCCUAAUGCGAUGAGUUGCAUUGGUGUCGCCUUGGUCGGCGCAGUAAAGAAGCCAUUGAUUGAAUGA